UCUUGCACCCCUUAACCGCUACACCUUCCGCUUCACCGCUUCACCGACAACCCGCCCCACCUCAACCGUAACCCCUCCGCUCUACAACCUCCCACACUAUGGCUGCCUCAAAGUCCAGUGCGAACGGCCGACCAAAGUCCGCCUCCAUUUCUGACGCUGAUGCUGGAAACAUCUUUUUGUUCAUUCCAAACCUGAUCGGAUACUCGCGUGUUUUGCUCGCUGGAGCAUCGCUGUACUUCAUGUCGUACCAUCCCAACUACUGCGCAAUACUAUACUCGCUUUCGUGUCUGCUGGAUGCUCUGGACGGAUGGGCCGCGCGCAAGUUCAACCAGGCGACAAAGUUCGGCGCGGUGCUGGACAUGGUCACGGAUCGGUGUACAACUGCGUGCUUGCUGGUGUUCCUGAGUGCCGCUUACACCAAUUACGCCGUCCUGUUCCAGGUGCUCAUCUCGCUAGAUCUGGCGAGUCACUACAUGCAUAUGUAUGCAUCGCUGGAUUCCGGAGCCGCUUCCCACAAGAAAGUCGAGAAGAAGCGCAGCAAAAUUCUGAACCUUUACUACUCUAACAACAAAGUGCUUUUUACCUUCUGCGCCGCUAAUGAGCUGUUCUUCCUCGCGCUCUACCUAUUGAGCUUCCCCGACUUUGCCCAGAACCACACAUGGCCCUGGGUUGUUGCCAUCGCCACUGCACCCAUCUGUGCCGCCAAGCAGUGGAUCAACGUUGUGCAGAUGGUUAAGGCCGCCAUCACUCUGGCUGAGGGAGACGUUGAGCUCAGGAGAAGGGCGGCCGGUAAGAGAUAAGCUGAGCGGGAUCGAUGAACCUCCUGGAGGGAGAGGCGAUUCAUCUACAGAAAUUUGUGCGCGUGUGGAUUGCAACGAAGAGGGAUAUGGAUGGGAUGGGAUGGGGGAUCAACUUAUAGACUGGGUU